ACAAUACACAACUUCACGCCUACCGCCCGUCUCAGCUCGUCAUCUUCUACUACCGACAACGUCCCUUUCACGCUAUCUACCUCCUUUUCAUCUUCUCACAGAAAUCACUUCCGCCAUUUGAUCUCUCUGCACCGUCGAUUUCACCACUUCCGGCCAACAUCAUCGACGCCAGCAUCUGCACAUGAACAAAUCGCGAAGGUGCAAUAUUCUCAAGCUUUCGCCGGGGUGCUUGUUCUGUUGGUAAUCACCGUGUAUCCGACGGUCGAGACUGAUAGUAUUUUCGGUGAGGUUCGGGUGACGACGGGAAUGCGAGAGGUGUUGGUGAGUUUGGUGGGUUUAGUGAUGAGAAUUAGA